GAUAUGCCCAUAGACCCUUUUAACGUUGAAAGGCAGGUUAUUGUGCCAUUCAUCACACGUCCUACAAAAAUUUCACUUUUCCCCCGAAAAAUGUCCCGAGAAAAAACAGUACCAGAAACAAAAUUGAAGCCUCAACCACUCAACACCCAAAAUGCCAAGAAUUUAUCUAAAGGAAAGAAGAAGAUGGGUAGUGGGCCUCGCUGACUUACAGGCCCAACACGAAGACAGAAGAGAGCGAAGCCCACUUCAGAGAUCAGCUGUCUCUGCUGCUUGAAGAAGCGCACUACGACGUCGUUUGCACAGCACGACGUCGUCCCAUUUUUUGCUCACUUUAGCUCAAUCGAGCUUAGCCACCCGUGUUCCUCUCAUUGGCUGAUUUCAAUUGUUUGUUGAUAAUAGUUAGCUAAUUACUGUUUAGUGACCGUUGUAAAUGGUAGGGUUUCCUUGUAGUGUAGCCUAUAUAUACUGCUUGUAAAGCUUCUUCUCAAUUCAAUGAAACAAAAGGUUUCACACAACCCUAUUCUUAUGGUAUCAGAGCACCUUUAGUACUCUGCUAGGGUUUCUACAUCAUGAGUACUGAACCUUCACAGUCCUCUACAGUGGCUACCUCAACCAACUCUUCUAGCUCAACAGAUCAGUUGGUGCCACAGUCUAUUGUCUCAAUCAAGUUCAACGGAAGAAACUACAACUUAUGGAGCAGAUCUCUGAGGAUAGCUCUCAAGACAAGGAAACGCCUUGGAUACAUUGAUGGCUCAAAACCACAACCUGAUGCUACUGAUGCAAGCUUUGAAGAAUGGGAUGCUAACAACACUCAGGUAUUAGGCUGGCUUCUUAACUCUCUUGAUGAAACAACUGCUGAGAGUGUGCCUAGUACUGAGAAUGCAUAUCAGAUCUGGGAAGAUCUGAAAAUGAGAUAUGGUCAGGCAGAUGCAAUUAGGUUGGCAGAUCUACAGACUCAGAUCUUUACUUGCAAGCAAGGUAGCUCUAGUAUUAAUGAAUACUUUACCAAGCUUAAGACAUAUUGGGAAGAAUAUGUCCAGUACAGGACAGUUGUGUGUAGUGCUUGUCCUCAGGAAGAUUGUCCAGCAACUGUGGCUCUCAAUACCCUUAGAGGGUUUAUACAUGAUGAUUAUGUUAUGAGGUUUAUUACUGGUUUGAAUGACAACUAUGAGGGGGUGCGUACCAACUUGUUGAUGAUGAAGCCUAUGCCUAGCAUAGGGUCUGCAUUCAGUUAUGUCCUGCAACAUGAAAGACAGCUAGAUCCACAUGGUACUGGGACCAAAGGUGAUGAAGGGAUAGCCCUAGCAGCUGAUGGAAGCAGGGGAAGAGAUCAGAGGAAGGGUACAGCACCAUCUCAAGGUGGACUUUUCUGCAGAUACUGCAAGAAAGAUAACCAUGUUAAAGAAGAUUGUUGGAAGCUGAAAGCUAAGAACAAGAAAAUGAUGGAAUCAGGUCACAGCAACUUUGCUGGCUCAGUGUCAAACCCAACUGGAGAUACCUCUUCUAAGGGGAAUUCUGAUGAGGAAGGCACAGGAUAUAAAAACCUCAAACUCAGCACUGAAGACUGCAACAGACUCCUCAAUUUGCUGCAGCAUUCUCCUACAACUUCUCCAAGUUCCACAAGGCCUGGAUCCCCUGGGAUGUUACCACAGGCAAAAUCUGUUUCUCGACAAUUGCCUACUUUCCCCAACUUUGCAGGCAAGUUAACUCUUCUUACAGGAGCACAAUCUCAAUCUUUUAAAUUGCAUGAUAUGUGGAUUGUAGAUACUGGUGCCACAGACCAUAUAUCUUGCAAUUUGUCGGGUUUCCUUGCACACAAAGAAAUCAAAAAUGUGUUUCUGACCUUACCUAAUGGCCAAAAGGCAGAGGCCACUCACAUAGGUGUUGUCAAAUUGCCAUGUAGCAUUGUCCUUCACCAAGUACUCUAUGUCCCAUCUUUUUCAUUCAACCUCAUCUCUGUUAGUAAACUAACCAAAACCUUGCCAGUCUCACUCACUUUCAAAUCCUCAUUCUGUGAAAUUCAGGACCUUCUUACCAGGAGGAGGAUUGGCUUGGCCCAUCAAGUUAGAGGUCUCUACCAAAUGUCUCAAUGCAUUUCUCCUAUCCCAGAUGCCAGAAACAAUCUUCCCACCAUAGCAGCAGCUUAUAACUUCUCCCAACAGAACCUUGAUCUAUGGCACUCCAGGCUAGGACAUCCUUCUGCAUUGAGGCAAAACAUCAUCCAGAAAUCCAAUCCUGUAGUAGAAAAAUAUGUAAUAGACCAUUGUGAGACUUGUCAUUUUGCUAAGCAAAAGAAACUGCCCUUUGACUUAAGCAGUUUAGUUUCUGUAGAACCCUUUGAUCUUGUCCAUGUUGACAUUUGGGGUCCACAUUCUGUAUUAAGUUACAAUGGAUUUCGUUAUUUCUUAACUGUGGUUGAUGAUUACAGUAGAUGUUUAUGGGUUUUCUUGAUGAAAGCUAAAUCUGAAGCUAGAAAACUACUUCAAGAUUUCUGUGUUAUGGUGAAUGUUCACUUUGGUAAAAGGGUCAAGACCAUAAGGUCAGAUCAGGGCUUGGAAUUUCAUAUGCCUGGUUUCUAUGGAGAACAUGGAAUACUACAUCAAACUUCUUGUGUAGAAGUCCCACAACAGAAUGGGAGAGUUGAAAGAAAACAUCAGGAUAUUCUUAAUGUAGCAAGGGCCUUGAGAUUUCAUGCAGGAUUGUCAUUAUCUUUCUGGGGAGAUUGUGUCUUGCAUGCAGUUUUUCUGAUCAAUAGGUUACCUACACCCUUGUUGGAGAAUCUGACACCAUUUGAGAAACUGUAUGGGAAGGCACCAGAUUAUAGUGUUUUAAGAAUCUUUGGAUGCUUGUGUUAUGCUGGAACACUCUCUCAGGGAAGGAAAAAGUUUGAGAAAAGGGCCGGACAGUGUGUGUUUCUGGGUUUUACCCCAGGUAUGAAGGGCUAUAAACUGCUAGAUUUAUCAAAUCAUGCAGUGUUUGUUUCUAGGGAUGUAAAGUUCUAUGAGCAGAUACUUCCAUACAAGAAGGAUCAUUUACAUCCUGUUAGUGACUCCACACACACUGCUCCUUCACCUACUUCUUUUGAUCCAUUCCCAGAACCAGAAAACCCCUUUACUCCACCACCAGAAAAUCCAGAUUCCCCAAAUCCUGAUCCUCAGCCUUUGCCAUCACCUUCCACAUCACCAUUAGAGAACCUUGAUGAAGAGGAAGAACCAUAGGAAGAAGAGGAAGUUGUUCAUGAAACUAAUUUACCUCCCAAUGACCCAGAACCAAUACCUAGAAGAUCUCAAAGAGCCUCUAAACCACCAGAAUACCUCAUUCAAAACUACAAAACAACCCUACCUAACCUCAAACCAACAAAUACAAGCCAACACUCUUU